GAAAAAGAAAAGAAAGCUUCUUCUCUUUAUAGCCAUCUCAUGCAUAGCUCCCUAGAUAGCAGCUUUCCUCAAAAUUCUGAAAAUUUCCUCUCCUUUUUCUAAUCCGCAGGACAGCUUCUCUCUCUUGAAUUGGGUCUCUGUCACUCUCUUGAAUUGGGUCUCUUUCAUUUCUCUAUCAGACAUUCCUUUCAAGCUUUUUACUCUCUCUGUAUUCUUUACUUGAUUCCUCUCUGUUCUCUCUCUCUUUGGAUCUUUUUGGGCUUUGUUGGGUUCUUUUCCUUGAACUGUUUCUGGGUUUUAAAGAGAAGAAGAAGAAUUUUGGUUUUUUGUUGUUUUGUUUUUGGUUUUGAAAGAGUUUCAGUAGAUAGUUUUGAGGAUUUGGGAUAUUGGUAUUUGGGGUGUGAAGGGUCUAGUUCAAGAUGACAGUGGAAGAUCGGUUUCCGGUUGGUAUGCGUGUUCUUGCUGUGGAUGAUGAUCCAACUUGCUUGAAAGUGUUGGAGAAUCUUUUACGCCAUUGCGACUAUCACGUUACUACAACGGGUCAAGCUAUCACUGCACUCAAACUGUUGAGGGAGAACAAGAAUAAAUUCGACCUGGUUAUCAGUGACGUCCACAUGCCAGACAUGGAUGGUUUUAAGCUUUUGGAGCUUGUAGGCCUCGAAAUGGACCUGCCUGUUAUAAUGUUAUCCGCAAAUAGUGACCACAAAGCUGUGAUGAAGGGGAUAACGCAUGGUGCUUGCGACUAUUUGCUGAAGCCAGUCCGGAUUGAGGAGCUCAAGAACAUUUGGCAACAUGUAAUCCGGAGGAGGAAGAUUGAUUGCCGAGAUCAGAACAAUGCAGGGUAUGGAGAUGAUGGCGAGAAGCCACGUAAUGGAGUGGGUGAAGGUGCGCAAGAUUCUGUUGUGAACGGAAAACAUAGCAAGAAACGCAAGGAUCAAAUUGAAGAGGAUGACGAUGAUUGUGAGGAAAAUGGGCAUGGGAAUGAAGAUUCGUCGACCCAGAAAAAGCCAAGGGUUGUUUGGUCUGUGGAGCUGCACCGCAAAUUUGUUGCUGCUGUUAAUCAGUUAGGCAUUGACAAGGCUGUGCCUAAGAGGAUUCUUGAUCUUAUGAACGUCGAAAAGCUUACCAGAGAAAAUGUAGCCAGCCAUCUUCAGAAAUAUAGGCUCUAUCUGAAAAGGAUCAGUAGCAUGGCAAACCAGCAGGUGAAUAUUGCUGCUGCCUUUGGAGGCAAAGAUGUCUCUUAUUUGCAUGUGGGUUCUUUGGAUGCGCUUGGAGAUUUUCAUGCCUUGUCUGGAUCAAGGCAGCUUGCAAAACCUGCUUUUUCAUCUCCCCAAAGUGGUGGGGUGAUUACACGAUUAAACAGCCCAACUGGUUUCAGCUUGAGUGGGCUUCAUUCAUCGGGCAUGAUUCAACUCGGCCAUCCACAGAACUCAUAUAGUUCUGUCAAUGAUUACGGGAAGUUGCAGUUGGCUGCCCUUCUUGGAAACCCACAUAGGAAUUUACUUCCGAGGAUGCCGCCUUCUUCGGAUCUCGAUCAACUGCGACAAAACAAGCCUGUCUCUGGCACUGGAGAGUUAUCUCCUUCCUUCAAUGAUUCGACAGCCUUUUCUGUUGUCCCACACCAGCCAACUAUUAUUGGUGGUUCUACUGAUGGUGGGGUAGGCAGCGGAAGCCGUAGCACAUCAUAUCUCACUGUUGCGGACAGCCCCUUGUUUUUGCAAGGGCAUCAGCAACGGACAGUAUGUGAGGGAUCGGGCCAACAAUCUUCCGUUGGAAUGGCAACGCUGGACACAGAGCCUUUUGAUAAUGGUGUUGGGGUUUUGUCCCACCUGCCCGAUCAUGGUAGAUGUAAUAACACCUGGCAAAGUACUGCUCCAUUGACCAGAUAUUCAACAGACCCAUUGCCCGUUGGUGGCCCGUUAAAUUACGAUGAUCUGUCUUCAGGAGAUUCACGGUGCCAAGCUAGCUCAGUUAACAUGCUGGAUGUGUUGGGAGACAUCAAUGGGAACUCAAAGUUCUCAAAUUUUGGAAGCAUGGCCAAUACCAGUGGGCAGAAUAUGAACAUGAACUAUGCUCCAAAGAAGUUGGAAGACCAUAGAUUGGGUUAUGCUCAAAACCCAAAUGUCAUGUUCAAUUCUCCUCCGAACUCUUUGUUGCCUAACCAUGGUAUUGUCAGCAUGGUAAACCAGAACGUCAAUCAAAGCAAUGCUGUCUGUAAUAGAAAGGUGGACAUGACUUCGGGAGGCCAGUCGAUUUCUGGUGCUCCAUUUCACAAACAGCAAUCUGAGGUUGAGAAGUCAGUUAACAACCCGAUGAAAUUGAAGGAAGAUUACCUUGUGGUGCAUGCUAAGUCGCAGGGAGGUUCCAACCCUAGUUACUGCAGUUCCUUUGACGAUCUGAUCUCGCAAUGGUAAAAUUGGAGUGAGAGAAAGUUGCGUUGAUGGAUGGAGACAUUGGAUUCAACAUUUAUGUAUCUGAUGAGAACAUGUAUGUGAAAUUUCCAUUUCUAGCGGCAUAAACUCCUUAGAGGAGUUUUAUCGUGUAUUUUCUCUAGGAAUUGAUAUCAAAACCCACCUUGAUUGAUUGGCUUCCACCCAUUUUCCGAUUUGAAGAUCGCCACAGUAUUUUUCGUACAAUUUUGAUUCCCAAAACGGUAAAAUGGUUGUAAGGGAAUCAAUCAGGGUCUGUGUAAAAUAGUGGGUUUCUUUUCAUGAUCUAUUUGCAUCUUUGCAUGCCAAAUCCUAAUCCUCGGUGCCUAUCGCUCCAUUUCUUUUA